AUGGGACGUCUUUGUCAAAUUAAUACUGGUGAAGGAAAAACAACAAUUGUUGCUAUGUUAGCUGCAAUUAAAGCUCUUGAAGGACAUAAUUAUUAUCAAAGUUUAAUUAAAAAUAAAGCAAUGGAACUUUUGAAUCCACAAAGUGAUUCAAAACAUGCUCUAUUAACCACAACAGAAGGUAUUGCUAAGGGAAUAGCAACAAAUAAAAUACCAGGAUUAUCUUCAGUAUUACAAAUUAAUGAAGCACGAUUAGCUUUAAAUGAAUUAGACAAAUUUGUACCGAAAUUUAUUAAUAGUUUAAAAAAAGAAAUUGAAAAGAUAUAUAAAGAGCAAAAGGUUGACGAAAUAAUUGAAGAUCUCAACAAAAAACUACAAGAACAAACACACGUACAACAAAACGGAACUAUUAACAAACAAAAUACGAUAAAAGAAGAAACAAAUGGUAGUUAUACGUCUGAUUUUGUUGUAGAAAAAUCCAAAACAGAUAUUGAUAUUUAUAGAGAACAAAACGAAGAAAAAGUAAUAUUCGAACGAGAAAAUAAAACUCCAGAAGAAUUACGUAAAUAUUCAAACUGGUAA